ACUUCAAUUCUGUCUCGGCCUCUCUCUCUCUCUACUCCUCCAUACUCUUUCACUUUCUCUCUUUAUUUCUCGGCUCGUAAAUUAAAACACGAAUGGACAAAUUCCAAACUGAACCGUGGCGACCCGACCCACUUCACGCCGGCAUGUUCCGUCCACCGGAGACUCCGCGCGAACCCAUGGAGUUCCUCUCCCGUUCCUGGAGCGUCUCCGCCCUCGAAGUCUCCAAGGCUCUGUCUCCGGCGCUAUCAAAGACAACACUCUCGAAUGGCGGCGCCGUUGCCAUACCGGAGGACGUCGCUGGCGAAGGCGAGGAAGCCGGUUCCGCCGCCGUCUCCGGGAACCCCUUUUCGUUUGCUUCCUCGGAGACCUCUCAGAUGGUCAUGGAACGAAUCAUGUCACAAUCCCAGGAGGUAUCUCCACGGACCUCAGGGAGACUCUCACAUAGCAGUGGCCCUCUUAAUGGAACUCAGAGUUGUGGCUCCUUAACCGAUAGUCCCCCUGUUUCUCCCUCUGAAAUUGACGAUAUCAAGUAUUCCCGUUCCAACCACACCGCCGCCUCCUUCAAUUCUCAUUUCAGGGCGGCUGCCGCUCCAGCCGCCGUACCUGGCGGCGGAAAGACGGUGGGGAGGUGGCUUAAGGACAGGAAAGAGAAGAAGAAAGAAGAGACAAGGGCCCACAAUGCUCAGCUUCAUGCUGCUGUGUCGGUUGCCGGUGUUGCUGCUGCCGUGGCAGCAAUUGCUGCCGCUACGGCAGCCUCGUCAGGGGCCGGAAAGGACGAGCAGAUGGCGAAGACUGACAUGGCAGUGGCAUCGGCGGCAACGUUGGUUGCGGCUCAGUGCGUUGAGGCAGCGGAGGCUCUUGGGGCAGAGCGUGAGCACCUUGCCUCGGUGGUUAGCUCCGCCGUGAAUGUGAGAUCUCCUGGUGAUAUCAUGACUUUAACCGCUGCAGCUGCAACUGCUUUGCGUGGGGCUGCCACAUUGAAAGCGAGGGCCUUGAAGGAAGUGUGGAAUAUUGCUGCAGUGAUUCCCGUGGAGAAAAAUUUGGUUGCCGGUGGUGCUAAUGGCAGUAACGGAAAUUCUAACAGUAGCUUCAGCGGUGAGCUUGCCCAAGAAGAUAAUUUCUUGGGCAUUUGCAGUAGGGAAUUAUUAGCCAGAGGUUGUGAACUCCUUAAGCGCACACGAAAAGGUGAUCUUCAUUGGAAAAUUGUAUGUGUGUAUAUAAACAGGAUGAAUCAGGUUAUACUGAAAAUGAAGAGCAGGCACGUUGCUGGGACCAUCACGAAAAAGAAAAAGAAUGUGGUGAUUGAAGUGGUAAAGGAUAUGCCUGCCUGGCCUGGCCGCCACUUGCUGGAAGGUGGUGAGAAUCGCCGCUACUUUGGGUUGAAAACGGUGAUGCGUGGUGUAGUAGAAUUUGAGUGUAAAAAUGAGAGGGAAUACGAUGUGUGGACUCAGGGUGUUUCAAGGCUGCUCUCCAUUGCUGUAGAAAAGAACAACAAAAACAGAGUAUGAGCUUUCUGUUUUUUUGUGAGGGUGAAGAAAUUUUGGCAAUGGGGGAAAAAUAUAGGAUCAACGGUGCUAUUAGGCAUUAUAAUAGAUGUUUUGUACAUGGUGGGAGGGUGGGGUUUUCAUCAUUGUAAAAAGGUUAAACUAAAGGCAAAGUAGUGCCUAAUGGGGUCACUUUAAUCUUGGGGAACACAUGUAUAUGGGGAUUUAGAUGUAUUUUUUGAAUGGGAAAGCGAAGCAUUUGAAACAAAGUGAACCCAAUGUGAACCAAUAGUCCUAUUGUUCUUUCACUGUUCUGGAAAGAAAAUGAGUAUCUUGGACUAGCGGGAGUAGUAGUCAAAAAGAGAAGGAAAAGAAUCAUAUUGGAGGGAAUGUAUGUUUGAAGACAAAACAUACCCUUGAUCUCUUUUUUUGUCAACAUACCCUUGGUCUAUCUGUGAUUAGUUUUGUACAUUUGGGUUUGGACUAUAUAAAAAAGGUAGUCAAAAGUCUUGAUGUUCUGUGAUUAUUACAACAAAAAAAUAUGGGCUUAAGCUCCC